UCCGCCCACUACAAUCUCGACAGGAAGUGAGCAGGAGUCCGCUGAAAGUGAGCGAACUAUCAAAACAAACUAAAAGCAUCCCUGCAGUUCACGGGUCAUAUUAUCAACAUGGACGGUGUGACGACGUCUUUGCGGUGCUUCAGUGAGCGCCAUCCCGCAGAAAUGUUCGUGGACGACGGGGUGGAGACUGUGACUUCAGUGGAGCAGAAAAAAGUGGAACGCUGCAUUGAAGAAGUCAUCAGUGUGUACAAGCAAACACACAGCGUACCACUGCCAACGUUGUUGCGGGAACAACACUACCAAUAUCUCAAGAAGGGUUUACGUCACUUAUCAGAUGCUUAUGAGUGUCUGGAUGCUAGCAGACCGUGGCUCUGUUUCUGGAUUCUUCACAGUCUGGAGUUACUAGAGGAGCCCAUUCCUGCUGCUGUCGCCACAGAUGUGUGUCAGUUUCUGGCUCGCUGUCAGAGCCCAACGGGGGGCUUUGCCGGGGGACCAGGACAACACGCCCACCUCGCACCUACCUAUGCUGCCGUCAAUGCCCUCUGUAUCAUCGGCACAGAAGAGGCCUAUAAUGUUAUAGACAGGGAGAAGCUCUUAGAUUUCCUAUGGUCAGUGAAGCAGCCAGAUGGCUCGUUUGUGAUGCACGUUGGAGGGGAAGUUGAUGUCAGGAGUGCAUAUUGUGCAGCUUCUGUAGCAUCGCUCACAAACAUCCUCACAGCUAAACUGUUCGAGGACACGACCAACUGGAUCCUCAGCUGUCAGAACUGGGAGGGCGGUCUAAGUGGAGUGCCCGGUUUGGAGGCCCACGGUGGCUACACUUUCUGUGGCACAGCUGCUCUCGUCAUCCUGGGCAAAGAACACAUGCUGGAUCUCAAAGCCUUGCUGCGGUGGGUGGUCAGCAGACAGAUGCGAUUCGAAGGAGGCUUCCAGGGCCGCUGUAACAAACUGGUGGACGGCUGCUACUCUUUCUGGCAGGCUGGACUCCUGCCUCUCCUCCACAGAGCCUUAUUCAAAGAAGGAGAGUCAGAGCUAAGUCGGCAGCGGUGGAUGUUCGAGCAGCAGGCCUUGCAGGAGUACAUCCUCUUCUGCUGUCAGAACCCAACAGGGGGCCUCCUGGAUAAGCCUGGCAAAUCCAGAGAUUUCUACCACACAUGUUACUGUCUGAGCGGCCUCUCCAUAGCACAGCACUUUGGAAACAUGGACCUCCAUCAUGAGAUGAUCCUCGGCAGGGAGGAGAACAGAUUGGCUCCAACUCAUCCAGUUUACAAUAUUUGUCCAGAGAAGGUGGCUCAGGCCCUGCAGCACUUCCACCGGCUGCCUGUCCCUGAGUACAACAAGCAGCCGGGAGACUCUGCCGGCGACGGACUGACAGACCCCGCCGCUGCUUCCGGAUCAGCCGACCAGCAGUCCUAGUUAGUCCUCAGUGGAGACGUCCUCACUGUGUGUGAGAACCAGCCAACUCUGGGGAAUGGACUCGAACCAAGGAACAGCAGUCGGGUCUGAUUUAGAUGAGCUCAAGAGCCGGGCUCGUCUACAUAACGUCCUCACGUGAAGGCUGGAGUUUAGCAGGAGGUCGCCUGAAUACAGGCCAACAGUUGUGUGUGGGCAGCUUUGCAUUCAGCUGACUUUUUUGCUUGCAAUGCCUAUUGUUUUCAUCCUCUGAAAUAAAAGUGGAACUUUAUAAGGUUUCAGUAUGACCCAAGUUAAUAAAACUUUAUACAGCACUUUUA